UCACAGAUCUCCUUUUCCCCGACGGAUCGUGUUCGACUUUCAUCUUUCCCCCCUUGGAGAUCUCCGACGUGCACUUUGCAGACGAUGAACCGUCGUGGUUAUCGCAUUCUUGCCAUCGACCUGCAUCGAGAAUCGUCGUCUCCAACCGACCCGGACCAAGCCAGACAACCGACACAGGACUUUGCUCUCCACGGUGUCUUGGCCCGUCUUGUCGACUCAGACCAUCGUGCCUUGGGAAUAAACGAUGAACCGUUCCGUCUCAUUCCCUUUCAUGGUACCUCGUUGGGCGCAGUCAACAAGAAUCAAAUCGGAUUUCCCAGACAGGCGACAUCAAGCUUCCCUCUCUCGUCUCGCCUCCAUGGCACCGGAUCUCUCAGACAGACGACAUCAAGUUUUCCACUCGCCUCGCCGACUCAGACCAUCGUGCCUUGCGAAUGGACGAUGAACCGUUCCGUCCUAUUCCUUUUCAUGGCACCGCGUUGGGCACAGUCAACAAGAAAAUCGGAUCUCUCAGACAGACGACCAAGCUUUUCUCUCUCGUCUCGCCGAAUCAGAUCAUACUGCCUUGGGAAUGAACGAUGAACCGUUCCGUAUCAUUCCCUUUCAUGGCACCGCAUUGGGCACAGUCCACAACAAUUAAAUCGAAUCUCUCCGACAGACGACCAAGCUUUCCUCUCUCGCCUUGCCACCUUGGACCAUCCUGUCUCAUGAAUGGACGAUGAACCGUCCCGUCUCAUUCAUUUUCAUGGCGACCAAGCGACUAAGCUUUCUUCUCUCGUCUCGUCACCUUGAACCAUCCUGCUUCGCGACUGAAUGAUGAACAACCUAAUCAUCUCU